AAAUCAAAGUAUCAAAAAUGAAAAAAAGCGGGACGACGACGAAGGCGGAAAAUCAUAAUCAUAUGAUUGCUUGUAUUUCUAUUUUGUUGAGUGUUUUGAAAUUUGAAUUUUGAACUAUAAUUUAGAUUAAAAUUGAAUUUAAUCAUGAUAGCGGUUUUAAGAUUAUGAUAAUACUGGAAGGAACAGUUGAAAUCCUAGAUCAGAGAUCAAUCGUGUACAUUUUUCUAAUUCUAGUCCCUAGUCAGGGUCAGGUUUUUAAAAUUUUAUCACUGUUCGAUUCGUGCCUUAUCCAAUUAUCCAUAAUAAUGGUACAAGAAUUUCAUGUUCUGAAAUGUCAUCAGUGCGAACUUUUCCAAGUUCACAUUGUUAAAAAGGCCAAGAAAUGGGAGUGUAAAGUAUGUGGAGCGAAACAAUCAGUUGUCAAGGUUUUUGGACAAGGUUCUGCGAAGGAUUGUCGUAUUCAUGUACAGAAAUUGAAUGAACAGCGUAGCCAAAAUUUAAUAAAUUCGAAAGAAACCCCGAAUGAAUCUAACGACCACUGCGAACUGGAAACAGCAACGAGUAAUACUUACGAAGAACAUUCUUUGGAAGAAUAUGUAGAUACAGAUAGAAAUAGAAACUGUGAUUCAGAGUUUCGAAAAAAUGAGUUACCAAGUAAAUGGCAAAAAUACAUAGAACCUGAUAGAACUGAUGAAUCGUAUAGUUUAGAAAGUAAUUCCAAUGUGGAGAAAUGUUCCCUCGAGAGUUCGUGGAAUUUGAUGCAAGUUCAAGAUGAUAAGCUCAGCGAAUUAAAGUCUGCAAAGUUACCCUGUUCGAAAGACGACUCUCAAGUUGGAAAUCAUGGAAGGUCCCUUUCAAGUUCGUGGAAUUCGAUACAACUACGGCAUGAUGAGCUCAGUGAAUUGAAAAGUGAAAAGUUAAUUUGUUCAAGAGAUGGCUUUCAAGUUGGAAAGAAAAGAAAAAGUUAUGAAACAGAUUCAAAUUCGGAAAAAAUUUUUCAUUUUUUGUCUCAUGACGAAUUGGAUACUGUUGAUGAUAUAUUGGAUGUAUAAUGCUAUCUGUGAAGUGUGACGAUGUAGCUUUAAUUCAAAGGUUUGAACCUUUCUAGAAUUCUAUUUUGUAUUAUUUUUUUUUGUCUGUCUUGAUUUGAAUUUGAAUUUGGAAAGUAGAACCUAAGUACCUAACCCAUUUUUAACUUAAGAACAGGUAUACAGAAUUAGACUAUAAAAAACUGAAUUUAAAAUGAUGUAUUUAAUACUGGAAAUGUGCGUAUAGAAAAACCUAAUUAUAAUUAUUCAUUCAUAUUCAUAAUCAUAAUAAUAAGAAACUCAAAGAUUUGAGAGUGAUUAGAAAAAUAAAAAUUUCAAAUUUUUGUUCA